AUGGAGUUCAUAAAGUUGAUAAAACUGAGGAUAUCACCGGGCAGAAACUCUGAGGCAAACGCGUCAACUUUGGUUAGAAAAAGAAAAACAUCUAGGAGUGAAGAUGAUCCCUUUUUUGAUCCUGAAAGUAAGAGCCGAAAGUUAGUAUUAAGUGAAAAAAACGUGAAAGAUCAAAACGAUGGCUCUUAUUCCAUUAGAAAUACGAAACUGUCAAAACCAUCAAAGAAUAAUAAAGCGACGUCAUUCCUGCCAUCGAAAGGAAUAGACGAUCAAAAGGAUGUGCAACAAAAAAUGAAAAAUGCAAAAUAUAUAACUCGAAGGCUUGAUGAAGCGCAGUUUGAAAAUGAAAAUCAUGAGGAAGAUGAAGUAACGCUUGAGGUCUUAGAAGAAAUGAGUAAAUUAGUUGAAUAUUUUCCAGUUUUAUCACUGAACUAUCGACUAAUUGACAAAAUAGGCGAAGGAACUUUCUCUACUGUAUACAAGGCAGAAGCAUUAAAUGGUACAAUAAAAUUGGGGUCUGAUGUUUGGAGAUCACCCCCCCUCAGAAAGAAGAAGAACGCUUCUAAAAGGAAGAAUCCAAUUGUCGCAUUAAAACAAAUAUAUGUCACUUCUUCUCCCAACAGAAUCCACAAUGAGUUGAACCUUUUGUAUAUAUUAACAGGAAACUCACAUGUUGCACCAUUGUUAGAUGUCUUACGCUACCAAGACCAAGUACUAGCCAUAUUACCUUAUUAUCAGCAUUCCGACUUCCGUGACUUUUAUAGGGACCUACCCAUAAAAGGUAUCAAAAAGUAUCUAUGGGAAUUAUUCCAGGCUUUGGAUUUUGUUCAUGAUAAAGAUGUGAUACAUAGAGACCUAAAACCAACGAAUUUUCUAUACGAUCCCUUCAAAGGACAUGGUGUAUUGGUUGAUUUUGGUUUGGCGGAAAAGGUUCAGAAUAACAAAAAAGCUUCUAAUCCAUGUCCUUGUGAGUCAACUGAAAGAAUAGCAAAAGGGAAAAGAUUAAGUCUAAAAGGUGGGUACCCGAAACAAGAUCUGAGACCUCCUAGAAGAGCCAAUAGAGCAGGAACGAGAGGCUUUAGGGCGCCCGAAGUGCUAUUCAAAUGUACUAAUCAAAACACAAAGCUUGAUAUAUGGUCGGCGGGAAUAAUUGGACUUUCUAUUAUAUUGAGGAAAUUUCCUCUUUUUAAUUCACCUGAUGAUACCGAUGCGAUAUUGGAGUUGGCAUUAGUUUUUGGUAUCGAAAAAUUACAAAAAUGUGCCGAAUUGCACGGAUGUGGAUUAGAAAUAGACUUAGAACAUAUGCAGACAGAUCAUGUAUCAAUACUUCAACUAAUUUGCAUUUUUUUACGAUACGAAUGGGAUAACGAGAGCUUUCCGAAGGACUCUGUAGUUUGGGAUACCUUGAAGUUAUUUAAUAAAGAAGGGGAUAAACUAAUUGCUCCCAAAGAGGGUACUCCGGAUAACUUUGAUAAUUUUCAAAUAGACACAGAGAAUUACGAAGAUCACAAGAAUCUAAUAGAAUUGCUAAACGGAUGCUUUCAAAUGGAUCCCAAGAAAAGAAUGUCUGCAAAGUAUAUUCUUAAAUUGCCAUUUUUCGAAGAGCUCAAAAAUAAACAAGAGGAUGAAGUUCUCUUCUAA